AUGAUCUUGAUCUACAAACAGAUUAAGAAGCGGAACGAGAGAAAGCGGCAUGAGGCUCCGGGUUUGGCUCAUACGGAUAUUUCGCAAAGAGAGGAAGGCCAAACGAUCCCAGCACACAAUGCAAGCGACGUUAUUCCACUUGAUGCUACACCCGCCCAGCAUGCUGAGCCGAUACCACUUCGUGCCGUGCAAACUCACGAUAUACCAGUCGAACGAACCAAAGACGUAGUUGCCCUAUCUAAAAGUGGCGAACUGAAAGAGCAGAAGGUAAAAAAGAUACUUACCUCAGAGGAACUUGCCGAGAGCAAGAGAAGAACAACCUACAGAUGGAAGAUCAUUCUUGGCCUCUUCAGCCCCUUUUGUUUGCAAGCUCUGGACACGACCAUCGUGGCCUCAGCAUUGCCAUAUAUCGCCGAAGACUUUAACCAAGUGAAACAACUCAACUGGAUCAUUUCCGUGUUUAACCUGACCUCUGCCGCCUUCCUAUUCAUCUGGGCCCAACUGACUGAUCUCUUCGGUCGCCACUACGUCCUUCAAUCUGCAAUUUCUAUCAUGAUGAUCGGGUCAGCGAUUUGCACCGGCGCCCCGACGUCUUCCUUUCCAGUCCUCCUCCUCGGUCGUGCCCUCCAAGGUGUUGGCGCGGCAGGCGUGAACAUGUCCAUCCGAACCAUUCUAGCCGACCGCGUCUCACUCGCCGAGUACGCACUCAAUUGGACUAUCUUUGCGCUUGUUUCAGGCAUCGGGUUCAGCAUCGGUCCUGUGAUUGGUGGCUAUCUGACGCAGGCUUCGUGGAGAUGGUGUUUUGCGAUCAAUCUACCAAUUGCGGUUAUAGCUAUGGUCAUCAUCGUCAUCAUUCUGAGAAAAGAUUUGCAAGGUCCGCAACCCAUCACCAUGGUAGAUGGUGUGGACAUUACCUCAAGGUGGGGACGGUUUAAGGCUAGGAUGUCGACUCUCGAUUACGGCGGCCAGCUGCUUUUCCUUUGGGGAUUCGGAUUGUUGAUUCUGGCUUUCACUUGGGCUGGGGGUACUUAUACUUGGGAUUCGGCUGCUGUACUUGCUCCGCUCGUUAUCGGGGCUGUUUUGGCAAUUGGCUGGGUUGUGUAUGAACAUCUCAUGAUACCUGGAUCGGCUAUUGCGAAAGCGUUUCCGCGCCAAAAAGCUAUGAUUCCGUGGGAGUUAUUGCAAGAGCGUGAUAUUGGUCUGCUGUUCUUGAUCAACUUCUCCAUUGGCGUUGGUAUGUUUGCAAUCAUGUAUUUUAUGGAUUUGUACUUUGCGCUUGUGGAAGGAAAGAGCUCUGGUCAUUCUGGUCUUGCGCUGUUAUAUUUUUUACCUGGCUUAGCUGCUGGCGCUUACAUGGCUAUGUUCUCAUCCAACGUCUGGCCUCGCCAAACUUUCCCAGCACUCAUGCUUGGGAGUUUAACUUCCGCGGUCGGAAUUUCGGUCCUCGCCUGGGCUGUCCAUGUAGGAAAAACAAGCGUGAUCUACGGCAUGAUGGCAUUAGUUGGUCAUGGCGUUGGGAUGCGUAUGAACCCAGCCUCGCUUCAUGGCUUGGCCUAUUUUCCCGCCAUGACGGCGCAGAUUUCGUGUCUUGCGUCCUUCGCCAUUCCAUUUGGUGGUUUGAUCGGCCUCACUAUCAUGACUACAGUCUUCACCAAUAAGAGUGGCGUUGAAGAGUCUGAUGCGAGAGAUGGCAUUAAGUGGGCAUUCAUUGCGAUGAUCCCUGUGAUGUGGCUCGUUGUGGUGCUUACGACCUUCCUUGGAAAUGUUUGGAUUCUGAAGGAAGGAGGGCAUGAGAUUGCUACACGGCCUUACCUUUGGAAUCUAUUGUUGCGGAGGGAUCUGAAGAAAGAAGAAAGAAUCCGGGAACAGAGGGAUGGACUUACUACAGAAAGAAAGGAGGAUGCUGAGAUAGGUUUGUCCGCGAUGGGUAUCGACAGGACUGAAUAA